GAAUGGCUACUCUGAUUGAAGCAGUGCAGGAAGGCAACCCAGAGGCAGUAUUCACUCACUUAAAGCGAGGGGCGGAUCCUAAUGAGUGUACUAGACUUGGCCUGUCAAGUCUUCAUCUGGCGGCUGUGCACGAUGAAACGGAGAUAGUGAAAUCCUUGAUAAAGUUUGGUGGAAAUGUGAACAAGUUGACAGGUUGGGGCUCCAGUGUGCUCCACAUGGCUGCCCACCGCGGAGCCCUCUCCAUUGUCAUUGCACUGCUGGAACGGGGUGCUGAUGUCAACAUACGUGAUGAUAACUGUGACACUCCUUUACAUCUUGCUUGUUCUGAGGGUCACACCGAUAUAGUGAGGGAGUUAUUAAAGGCGGGUGGUGACACAAAAGUAAAGAAUAAUGCUGGAAACACAGCCUUUGAGGAGAGUUUAGAAAGUGACAACUCCGCAGAACUUCUCAGUGUUUUAGAUUCGGCUAACCCCAAAUCUCAAGUCCCAGAAGAGUUGCCUCCUCUUUUGGAAGGAUGCACGCCUCUGUUAAACCAAACAGAGUUCGUGCCUGACUUUGACGUACCCACCAAUGAAAGCUAUUCCAGUAUUAUAGACCAGUUCUCACUCCCAGGUGGAAAGCUCUCUGAGUUUGACGAAAAACCACCGAGUGAUUUAUUACAAAGUUACACAGGCACUAAGUCAAUGAACCAAGCUCAAAAGUUCUCCUUUGUUAAAACAGAUAGACAAGACAAGAUUGAGCAACCUGACCUAGCGAGAAUACUAUCAACGAAACUUACUUUAGGGCAGAGUUUUUCAGGAAGUAUAGAUUUGUUAACGGCAUCGUGUUCUUUAUCGCAAAUGCUAAACUUCGAGAAUAAAAGUAUUACUGGUAACAGUAUUGACAGCGCAGUGUACCGUGAAACGUACGAACUCUUCAAACAGAUAAACUCUGGUACGCAUGACCCAGGUGAAGAAAUAGGGGACAUCAACCCAACAUUUCCGUCAAACAUGGGGGACUUUACUAGUUCUAUGAGCAACGGGUCCGCUCUCAUGUCUCAAGGGUUGAAGUCUCAGCUUGGUGAUAGCUUUCUUCAUAGCUCCGUUAACAGCUUUUCGGUGUACGGCACAAAAGAAUCCUGUAACACUGCUGACAGUACACCUAUUAUAAAGAAGGAGCCUAGUUCCUUCAGCCCUCCUUCCCAAAAUCAAGUAGAUCACCUUAUAUCAGACCUGUCCCCGGUCCUGCAACACGCUACUGUGUCCGCUGUUAAAGCCGCUCUGGUUAACAUAGCAAGAAGUGUACCGCCUCCCUGGCCUGAUGAGUCUGGAGCUAUCGAGGUUUCUAAGGGAGAAUGGUUGUACGGGGAAGACUAUGUGCUGGUUUCUAACACCCCCCUCAACGUACAAAAUGUGCACGAAAGAGAAGGAAGUUGUUCCCUUGUAUUUAAGAUCCUGCACCAACACUACGGCCCGCUGGUUCUUAAAAUGAUGGUAAAUCUGCUGAACCAAUCAGAGCACGAUACCGGUCAAAGUGGAACUAUAUUUCUGAAGAAACAGUUUAGCGCUGAACACUCUGUCCCUGUUUCACUACCUUAUCAUCCUAAUGUUGUUCAGAUGUUACACUCUUACAACGCGUCUACCACCCCUUUCAAACGGUAUUUGCCCCUGCUGGUACCCUCUGGGCUGGAUGUAGAUGUGGACAUGGCGAGCAGGACCUCGUUCCUAGCGAUGAGAGAAUACCCUUUUAGUCUGAAGAACUUUGUUAAUAAAUUUGUGGAACAGAAAGUGAAACUAGCCUUCAUGGAUAAGGACCGUAUAGCAGAAGAGCUCCACCUCGUCCUCCUCCUGCUAAUACAGUGCUUGUUCAUGCUACACCACAUGAAGAAACACAAUGUGGUGCACAGGGAUAUUAAACUUGAUAACUUUAUGAUGCGACACUCUGGCCAGGUGAUACUGAUUGAUUUUGGUUGGGCUGUUAACUUGAAUAAUUCUGAUGGUUCGCCCGCAAUAGCUACUGAUAAAAACGAAAUAAUCGCAGGUAACCCAGUAGCAUGGUCUCCUGAAAUUAGUUUCCAUCACAACAGUUUCAAUGAACCUGUACUGUUCAGCAGUGUAUAUGAUAAGAGCGAUCUCUAUACCUUAGGCAAGACGUUUCUAUCAGUGUUUGAAGUGUUAGGAUUUGUUGAGAAAGACUCCUCGGGAUUUGCUCAGUGUCCUGUCGACUUAGCUUCAGUGCCUCAUCUUGUUGAGAGUAUCUCACUGCUUCAAGACAUGACAUUGUCUAGUCCAGAUCAAAGAAUAUCGGUUACCAGUACUCUACUUUCACUUGGUGCUGCGCUCUUCUUCCCCGGCUGUGAUACUCCUGCUCAGAUAUUGUCUCAGUACAUAAAGAUGACCCUGUCUGAUUCCACAUCUCAUAGUCACGCUGUAACGGAUAUAGAGACUUUAGCUGUUGUAAAAUCACUCCACGCAAUUGUCGGAAAACAGUUCAUUUCAACGGUAACACCCGAGGAUUUGAUUGGGGCUUGUAUCCCCCGUGCAGCAAAUGCUGUUUCCUGAUUGGUUGGUUGGUGUCACGUGAGAUGCAUUCUGUGUUCUUAUUGGCUAGUUGAGGUAACAUGAGGCCAACGCUGUGUUUUCAUUGGGUUUGGUUGCUGCCACGAAGUAAGAUUGGCACUUUGCAAUCUGAAGCUGGACUCCAUUCUGAUUGUUUAUGGAAUGAGGUAUAUCUUGUCCCUUCUUCGAUCCUGUAUAAACAUUUUGACGAUUUUCAUGAACAUUUUGAUAACUGACGUUUUUGCCUGUUUUGCAAUUUGAGUUUCAUUCUUUGAAUUCCCGAUGUAUCACCUUUUUAGCUUUGUUAAAUUGUACGAUUUUCAUUUGAUAAGUUCAUAAUCAUGAUUUAUUGUAUUUCAAACUUUU